AAAUUCAUUCACUGCUGAAUUUCAACAUGUCUGCGCCCGUGUUUUCGUUUUCAAAAAAUUGAAAAAUGGCUCGACAACAAAACAAAGCACUAAAGAAAUUUGCCGUCACACCUCUUCAUAUUGUAGAAGAUCAUAACGAAGUCGUACCAUUCAUCCAUAGAGGUAUUGGCAGUAAACACCUCCCUGUUGAGGACAUUGUAUUUGUACAUUAUGACUCCCAUCCAGAUCUACUGAUUCCAUGUGAUAUGAAGGCAGAUGAUGUAUACCAGAAAGAUGUCUUAUAUGAGACAACAAGUAUAGAGAACUGGAUUAUACCAAUGGUGUAUGCAGGACAUAUCAGUCAUGUUGUUUGGUUUAAACCUCCAUGGUGUGAACAAAUCCAGGAUAAAGAGAUCCAGUUCUAUGUUGGGAAGUGUAACACUACAGGUUGUAUCAGAACAACAUGCAAAGAAAACUAUUUUGUUAGUGAAACUUUAUACUGUCCAGAAGAAAAGUUAGAGAACAAGAAAAAGGUCAAACUCACAGUAUUGAAAAUAGUUCCUAAUAGAUGGGAACUGUCAUGUAAUGAUAGGGAACCAGCAAGUAGUGCUAAACAAGGAAUAAAAGUUGACAUUGAAAUAGGAACCAGUUUAUCAACUGAAAAUGAUACAUGUACAUCAGAUCAAAGUGAAAACUGUGACAAAAUUAGAUGUGAUGAUGACAAUUCAAGUCAACAUACUAAACGCUUAUGUACAGAGGAAUUGAUGAAAAAUUCUAAUUCUUUUUCAAAUAAUGAUAUUAUAACAACUUCAAAAAAUUUGAACAAACAGCUUGAAAUAUUACACAAAUCUUUUUGUGACAAACAUUUUAUUUUAGACAUUGACCUUGAUUUCUUUUCAACUCAGAAUCCAUUCAAAGUUAUGUAUUCAGACAAAAUCUAUGGAAUGCUAAAAGAUCUGUAUAGAUUUGACAAACCUAAAAACUUAUCAGAUGAAGAAAUAUCUAAAUGUACUACAGGGAGACAGAAACAGUUAUCAGAACUGAAGGCAGUGUUUUAUAACAUACAUCAGGAUAGACAUGCUGAAAUUGAUCAUCCAAGCAAAGAAUUAAUACUGAUCCUGAGAGAUGCUCUAUUUGAUAAAGAGGAAAGUCCUGAUUUUCAGUUACUCCAUGACGCAGGAUGUACAUGUGACGACACAGAGUUACCUCAUCAUGUCAGCUCUGAAGGGCAGAUAACUCUACUUGUUUCUGCUGUCCAGGAAACUAUCAGCCACUUUCAUAAACCUGUGAUGAUUACAAUGGCAAGAUCCAGUAUAACAGAUGAAUAUUGUCCACCAGCUCAAGUUGAAUCAAUACAAGAACAGACAAUAGAAAUGCUACAAGAUUUAUAUUUGGAAAUAAAUGUUAUAAAUGAUUAUGAUAAUGAAGAUGAAAAUGUUUCAAAAAGUUGAUACUCAUUUAAAUCUUAUCCUAUCAACAGAAAUGUGUGAAACAUUUUGUUAAUUUGGUGCCAUAAUUAUGAUAAUCAUAUUCAAGCAGAUGUGAACUCUCUCUCCAUACAAUAGAUGUUGCUAUAACUCAAUAUAUGAUUCUCUCCAAUAACAGAAUAAAAUAGCAGGGAUCCAGUAGUAAUUGUUGGUGCACCAAUGCAAUAUACAACAUGUAUCUGUUUGAGUAAAACGACUGUGGCCAUUAGAAAUUGGUACUAUCUGCUGUAAGGGGAUACAGUAAUGGAGAGGAUAUAUUUUAGUCCAUCUUCAUGGUCAACUUUAGGAUUUGUGUUACAUGAAAUAAACUGCAAUUAACACAAGAUUGAUAAAGUACCAAAUAUAUGGUUGAAUAAGGUCCUGUGACAUUACAAUUGUGAAUUUUUUUGCUCUUUUUAUUUAAAACCAUUACAGGUUACUGUCAGCAAUAAGUAAGUGUAAAACACUCAGAAAUUCGAUUGUUUCUGGUAAAAUGUUACCUUUCUUUACACCAAAUGAGCUCAUAGCCUCUCAUGCAACACAAAAGCUAUUCAAUUUUUUUGGGAAUGAUCUUGUUAAAUAUUCAACACUUUAUGAGUCAUCUGUGAUAUUUGCUGUUGUACAUGUAUGUUUGUUUGAAAUAAAAGUGAUCGAUAAAAGAAUAAAAUUUGGAUUGC